AUGGGGAUAAGAGUAUCACGUUGUUACUGUGCCCAAAAGCAAACCAUGAUCAUUAGUGCCAGGACCGUGAGCAGCAUCGGAGAAUUUGCGGAAGAAAGAAUAAUUGCUGGAGUAGCUUCUAAAAUGACAUCAUCGCACCGUAGCUCGGAUCAUCGCGGAAGUCGUCGCUAUAGGGAUGAGUAUCACCGUUCUAGAAGUGUGGAGCGUGGACAUCGUAGCCGCCGUAGCCGUUCCGAUUCAUGGGAUCGAUAUUCGCGACGUUCGGAGUCUCGUUCUCCCCGCCGGACGAGUAGCUACCGAAAAGGAUCCCCAUCCUCGACGCGUCGCAAGAUUCGUGUCGAUUCGCCGGAACCCAACCGGUGCUUGGGCAUUUUUGGGCUGAGUGUUUUUACGACGGAACCAUACCUUAACCGAAUCUUCUGCAACUUUGGCACGGUGGAGAACACGAUUGUGAUCUACGACGCCAAGACGCGAUUGUCACGGGGAUUUGGAUUUGUGUAUUUCAAAACGAAGGAGGAAGCAUCGGUAGCCCGUGCUCACUGCAACGGUCUCCAUAUCCAUGGCCGGCGAAUGCGGGUUGAUUAUUCCAUCACCGAUCAGCCCCAUGCUCCCACGCCGGGCAUGUAUAUGGGGAGAAAAAAUGAAAGCCGUUCCCCAACACCACGGCAUCGUUCGCGCUAUGAACGCCAUCGUCAUCAUGGCCGAUCUCGCUCCAAUUCCGCUUCGUCGUACGAUAGUCGAUAG